UACAUCCAUGACACAGCGGAAAAUUGUUCAUCUUGCCCCCGUAUCGGUUUUUACAAGUCUUACAACACCGAGUUGAGAACGUCUACUUAUGCUACCGAGAUCACCAAAAUGCGGCCUGAGUUGAGCAGAACUAAAACCUGUAAAAGAUCUGAACUUGUGGUAGUGUCCCUCGCUGCAUUUGUCCAGGCGGAAAACAUGGAAAUCGUUGUGUCCGUGAAGGUAGAUGACUUGGCCGAGAAGUGCAAAUUUUUGUUCACGUUCGACGAUUUUAUUGAAAACGCGAAAAGCGAUAUGCAACAUCCGUCGUUCUACUUGAGCAAGGUAUUGCGUCAACUCGGAAGAAGCAUCGGAGCAAAUCCCAAGACGUACAUAGCAGUUUCAGUGGCUGUUGGACUUGUUUUGACUUCCGGUGUACAACAGGGAGAAGUCGAAGAUGAUAUCAUCAAGUUGUACUUCGACUACGGCAGUGAAUCUAAAACUGCUUGGGAUUUCAUCGACCGGAAUUUCCCCGUCAACUUCUCAGCGUUUCUUCCAGACAGAUUUGGCAAAGAUUCAACUCAUUACACGCAAAUUUCACUUCGUUCAACCAAAUUGGAAUCUCCGGGAUGGGUAAUCAAAAAUAAAACAAAAACUGAUCUGUGGAUCAAAGAUUCUUACCAAAAUUCAACCGGGGUCGUGCAAGAAUUCCUCCAAAACCCGUUGCUUUUUCACGGAAGACUCUUCCAAAUAGGGGUUUUUGUGGCAGUUAUUUCUAUCGAACCACUACGAGUUUAUGUUUAUGAAGAUGAUGCCUCUGUGUCAGUAUGUUCGGAAUUUUAUGAGCCAUUCGAUCCAAAACAUGGACAUCGGUACAUUAUCACGGAAGAAAAUUCCUGGCGACUCUCGGAGGUACCCGAAAUUCAAGCCAAGCUCAAGAAUCGCCGUGGAUCUGUAUCAGCAUCGGAUAAGCAAAUUUUGGCAGAGUUUUUCGCUGAUCAGACAAAUUUAUCGUUUGUCAAAAUAUGGACACGAUUCGGAGACGUGCUUCGAGAAUGGUGCAGCAGAGUGAAAUGCAAAAGCACUUGCUACCAAUGCUUGAGUCCAACUCAAAAACUUCAUGCCUCAAGAUUCCACUGUGAGUUCACUGUCACUAACCACUACAAGCGGAUUUUACCAUCUUCUGAAGUUAUGCUAUCACCAACACUCAAUAAUGAUGCUGUUACACAGUCAAGCCACGUUCAAGACAGCAAUGAAUGGAUGACAGCGUGGUUUUUAGCUCAUUACGACAAAAAGAAUAAUCAAACAUGCUUGUCAGGAUUUUUUUGCUGUUUGUCAAAGGAGAAUGGGUGUUCUUUUCUUCACGAAUUUAUUUCUUGGGAAAAUCAGUCGGAAGGAGCCUUGUACGUUUUUUUUUACGACAACGACAGUUUGGCUAUGAAUUAUGUUAUCCGUCGACACUCGACGACGUUCGACCUCACAUUCUCGGAACGGAAUUUCUUCCUGUUCCUCAAUUGCGUCGUUGUA